AGGACGCCGUGCGCAGAGCUGUCCCGCCCAAUAAUAGCGCGGUUGGCGUUGCGUUGCGCUUCUCGCCCUCGCGCAUCCGCCUCCUUCCCCCGCCCCUCCAAUCCCCACCAAAACCACCCGCGCCGCUGACCGCGGCCAGGAGGGCCUCCAUCGCCGGCGGCGGGCUGGGCGGCCGGGAUCGCUGAUCGAUCGAUUGGUUGAUUGAUCGAUCGCGGCGAGGCCCGGGGGAGCCGUCCCCGGUGGCGGCCGCGCCGACGGUUCUUGGCGGUUGCAUGUAUGCGGGCGGGGAGAGCCGGCCCAAUGGUGCGGGCGGGGGUGGAGGGGGAGACGCGCUGCGGUGGCGGAGGCAGCCCGGCACGUCCUCCUCGGCGGCGGCGGCGGCAGGCGCGUCGUCCUCUUCGUCCGGCAGGGGAGAGGAGGGAGGGGAGGAGCACCGGGGAGGCGGGAAGCAGGGCAGGCGCAAGAAGCAGGGGAGGCGCGAAGCGGUGGCCAGGGCGAUCCGCGGCGGGCUGCCGGCCGCCGCGGUGUCCUGCUGGGGCGGCGGCGGCGGCGGCAGCGGCAGCGGUGGCGUCUCGAUGGUUCAGGAGACCUGCGGGAGGAGAGCGGGGAGGAGGUCGAGCCGGCGGGAGCGGGCGCCAGCCGAUGGCGAUGCCGACGGUGGUUCUGACCCGGGCACGGCCACGGCAGGGCCACCGGCGGCGGCGUGGUGCUGCAUGUGCCCUGGCGGGGACUGCUCGCUGGAGCCCAACCCGAGCGCCAACGGCAAGGAGGAUCCCGGCCUCCGCUCUCUCCUGGAGCGCAACGACUUCUUCUCCGCGGACUGCAACCCGCACGCCGACGUCGCCCCCGUCGCCGACGCUUCCUCGCCGUAGCAGGCCCGGCGCCCACACCGGUUAGCCGCAGUCCAUCCACCACCGCGCAUUGCGGCGCACACAAUUUUUACCGACAAAAAAGAGGAAAGUUCUCACUCCCCUGCGGGGUUCGAUCGGGCCAUUGAUUGAGUCUUGCAAUUCCUUUCGUGGCUUGUUCCUUGCCAUGAUCCAUCUGUACAUGUACUUGCCGCCGUGAUUUCGAGCAACGGGAAGAAGUGGAGCCGAGUGAUGGGCAGGCAGCCCGGCAUCUCCAUGCCGCCUUGUCCCGUUUGCUAUUUGCUGCCUCUGUCUCCAGACCGCGUCUCGCUGCAUUCGAUUCGACCUCAGAAUUGCUUCUGGCCUUGUGCCAUCGCUGCUAGUGGACAAGCACAGCGCAGGAAGCUAGGCUGGAGGACCAUCCCAAUUCUCAGGUGUGGUGCCAAGUGCCAGUGGAGGCCGGGCUCACAGGUCAGAGCUCACGGCCUUAGCAAUCAAACUGAAGGUCUCGUACGAGUUGAGAAUUGCGACGAUGAAGUUGUCCGAGACAAUUGCCUAGCCAAGGGACGAUGUUGCAUUCUGAACCGCCUGUAAUUUUACUGGAACUCCAGAGGAUCAAAGGAAUUUGUCUGCAACCAAAACAUCAGAAAAGGAGAAACACUGCAUGUUCGGACGACGAAGGGCAGAGCACCACCGCCGGCUGGCCGCAUUUAGCACGGCGACCGGCGACGGCUUUGCUGCUCCACGUCCAUGUCCCGUCGACGAGGACAGCACGCGAGAAGGAAAGGCCAUGUCUUUUUUUCCCCCGUCACAGGAAAAACGAUAGCAGGUGAGGGAAAGGUGCGUCGCGGUCGGCCGGCGAUUGCGAGCACCGCCGGGCCGUUUGGCGCGGCCACUUGGAUGGAUUUGGAUGGCACCCAUGCCAUGCGCAUCCGCAUCCACAUCACCAUGCUGCUGUAACAAGUAAACAUGCCAGUGGAGACUUGGGCGCGGCAGGCGGCCGUUCCAUCAGGGAUGAGCUUUCCUUCUCGUGGAAGAGGCUAGAGCAAAAAUCUUGGGCAUGAUCUGGUCAGGUUCUAAUUGUCAAAAAGGGUCUGAUGGUUCUGAUGGCGUCCUGUGCCUUAGCUAAUAAGCAUGUGUAGCUAGCUCCUCGCGCACCGGUAGCCGCAUGCAAGGUAAACUUGGUCGCUCGCCUCAGCUGGGAUAUCCGCCUCACACAAUCCUAAUGAAAUGGGACUGUCACCGUCAUACGCGAUGGCGUCUCUAUUGAGGAAUGAGGAGUUGUUUACUCGAAUCAAGCUGCUGUCGAGUUGAGACGAGCCAUCUUCUGACCUGGCCUACGGUCAUCUUCAACACCCUUAUGUCUCAUCCAUCUUCUCCCUGUAACCCAGAUGGGCUCCGCAAAACUACGUAGCAGUACUCUCUCCGUUCCGAAUUAUAGAGUAUUUUAACA